GGUGGACCCCGACCUCCGUCGAGAACUGACUACCCGCAUGAACUGUACACCCGCCGGCACGGUAUCGGAGGCUAUUCGAUACAUGUUGGACAGGGUUAUGAACAGAGACGUCUUGAGGCAGCUGAACUUCGCCGGUGCAAACAAUGCGAUACCGUUCAAGAAAACGCACACAUUCAGUGCGCUUCAAGAAGUUAUCGUUAACCGAUUUGGGGUCACGGGCAACGCCGUUGCGAACGGCGUUUGCAAAUGGCUACAGAUUACCCGGAGCAACAUGCACCGGCGUACAUCUGCCACAUCAAGCAGUCAGGAAUCGCAGGUAUUGUGUACCUUUAAUGCCGUACAUAACGGUUUCAUUUACAGCCUUUGGAUUUGAUAGAUUUAGACAAUCAAAGCAUUCGUGAAACACGGACAAACUUGUAAAUGUUUACAUGCACUUUAAUAUACAUUUGUAACCAUU